AUGGAUGGUUGUUUAACUAAAUAUAUAAGUGAUAUUAAUUUUAAUGUCAAGAAUAAGUCUUACAGUAAUUUUAAAUCACACACUGACCAUCAUAAUGACACUUUUAAUUCACACAAUGAUAUCUACGUUGUUAUGAGCAAAUGGUUUUUAAGCGAUACUGACAAUCAGCAAGACUAUGGUUAUUGCUAUAACAAUAGCAACAACAACAACAAUAGUUAUAACGAUAGUAGCAGUAGUGAAAGUGAUAGUAAUAGCAGUAUUAGUAAGAAGCGUAACAUUAAAACCACAAAUAGUAAUUAUAAGAAAAAUAAAAAUGUAUAUUUAUCACCAAGAAAGAAACCAUAUAAUGUUUAUUAUUUGAUGGAAAAUCUUAUUUUAAAGCAACUUUUAGCAAUCUUAGUGACCACUAUAUUCAGCUGA